GUAGUUGUCCAGUCCACAGAUAUGUUCGGUGCACGACGCCGAUCAAGUAGAAUAAGAGAGAGAAAUGGUAGCUCUACAGUAAAUCCGGAAUAUGAAGAGCUUACACCACGCCCCUGUCGUCAACAACGUCAUCCAUGUACACGCAACACUCGCGGUAUCAAGAAGCAUGCAGUCAAGAAUAGCCAAGCUGAUGCUGCAGCGGAAAACAGGCGUGAACUAGAUGCGAUGCUUAUCGAAGGCCAGUGUAAAAACGAGCGAAAGCCCGUGUUUUUGAAAGAAGUGCGGCACAUGAUGUUUGGCUUUGGCGACUCCAACAGACCGUUGCACGCAUCCUGCAAGCUAAUGGAGGAGAUCCUGUUUGAAUUUAUGCAGGAUUUGCUCGCGGAUGCACAGAAGGUUUCUACCAACGGCCCGUUCAGAACAGAGGAUCUUUGCUUUGUCAUUCACAGGGACAAGAAAAAGUUGAACCGUGCUCAGGAAUUACUAGUUGCCGAUAAAGAGAUCUCGGAGGCGAAGAGGGUCAUCUCUCAUAUCUGAUUGCAACUAGAUGUAUUUAUAUGAAGAUCCCUGUGCAAAAAUCUAGCACGGCCAAUGAGCCAAUAGGGAGCCUGCCUACGUGCGGAGCGCGAACAUCAUCUGGAUCUCACAACGCGAUACAUAGAGCACAGUACGGCAGGGACGAUCCUAAUUGCAGCUUUUUGAGCCCAUGAUGAAAAGUACAUCAAUGUUGAAUUCUCAUGAAAGACUACUGUCGACCAUUGUAGGCAACGGAGUCGAAAUCAUCCUACCAGUUGAGGACUUGGGGUACGUGGCCGAAUCUGGAGUACAACCUGGAGUACAACGACAUAUGGGGACAGCGCAACGCCCAUAUCUUUCGUUCGGAAAAAUACGCACCCGCAUACAUUUACGGUCAAGUGAUAAGAUCCCGUUAUAUCUGUAGCUGUUGUGCCAUUGUGUUUUCAAUGUUCCUAAAUUACGUUACUUUGGAUAGAAUAGAGUUUACUUUGGAUAGAAUAGAGAUGUGUGUGAAACAACACGAAGAGCUCGAACACUAGAGCAGAAAAUUGAAGCGGAUGCGGAGCAGACUGACCUCGCGCAAGGCAGACACAGCCAAGUCGAGUAUAAUGUAUACGCCGUGAUCGUUCUAUGAUGGAACAUGUAUAUACACAAAUGUUGCCGACUAAAUGACACCUGUGCCAGUUUUCGAUAUCAGUCAGUUUUGCUGAUCAGUUCUUUAUUCACGAGUUGCAUACUAUGCGAUAGGUAUUUAAGAGAAAGAACAUAUCAGAUACAACGAAGCCGAAAAACGGAUAAGAGACCAGGUCACCAGGAUCCACUACAGAGCACAAGUGGUGGCUAUAGUAGUAAAUAUUUACAAUUGUCGCAGCUGUGGAACAAUACCGCAUAUAUUAAAAAAUGCAGAUCAG